UACCCCGCUCCUCUUCCGCUUCCGGCGGGUCGCAGCUGGGGCUGGGGCGACGUGUCGGAGCGGGAACCGGGAACCGAGAGUCAUGGAGCUGGAGGCGAUGAGCCGAUACACCAGCCCGGUGAACCCGGCUGUCUUCCCGCACCUCACCGUGGUGCUGCUGGCCAUCGGCAUGUUUUUCACCGCCUGGUUUUUCGUCUACGAGGUGACUUCUACCAAGUACACGCGGGACAUCUACAAGGAGCUGUUGAUCUCACUGGUGGCCUCGCUCUUCAUGGGCUUCGGCGUCCUCUUCCUGCUGCUUUGGGUCGGUAUCUACGUCUGAGGAGCACCGCCAGCGCCGCGUGAACCCCGAGGGAUGUGCGAAGCCCUGCGGAAACUCUUUUUAUAUUUCUUUUAUACUUCGACAACAAAUCCCGGAUCAGACAUGGACUGUGCUCCUGUCGAGUCACUUCUGCCAGCCCAGCAAACCCAACCUGAAUAAAACUGGCUCUGUGAUGCGUCUGC